AUGGAUGACUCUUUUGGCACUGCAUUCGCAAUCGAUCCAUCACAAAUACCUAAUGACUCCGUCGUCCUUACGAGCAAUGCCCUGGGUCAACCGAUAGUGAUGUCCAAAGACCAGUUGUUGAAUGGCAUUCCAUCUAGUGCUCCCCUUAGGCAGGCUUUUCAUUGUCUCGAGAUUUACAACGGUCAUCUCUCCAAAUACUCUCCCGCAAAAUUCGCUGUUUGGUUUGCAUUCGAAAGGCGAGGUCAAGACCCAAAUGACGUCGAUUUGCUGUCUUUACAAUCUGUCGAUCCAGUUCCAAUGGCUCUCGCAAAAAAGAUGGGACUCACUGAGGAAAGGCUUGAAAUGGCGGUGAGGAAUCGUAUGAUGAUUCUGCUCUUAAUGGACAAGAAGAAUCCGGUUCCGACAAUACUUGAAUUUCACCAGAUUCCAGACAAGGACUGGGUCAAGCCAGAUGAGCAUUGGUUUUGGCAGGUGAAGAUGUACAAGUCUAAUUUAACUUAA